AUGUCUGAUAGCUUGAAGAAGAGAUCUCAAUGUUCUUUAACAACAGAUCAAACUAGUACCGUUACCAAGGAAGAAACUUCUGGACCGGUAAAAGGACAGAAGACUGAUAAGAUGAGCAAAAAGAAGAGAAAGUUGUAUACAUGGGAUGAGAUACCUCACUGGCAGCGUGAUAAUGAGCACAUCUUGAGUGGUUAUGUUGGAGAGACAAGGAGCAUGUUUCAGUGUUUCUUGAGUUUGUUUUACUUACACAAUGAGUCAGUUAAUAUUUACACUCACUUAUUGCCAGGGAUUGCCUUCCUGUUUGUGCUGUGUUUUGACAAAUUUGCUGUCACACAGUUCGAGACAACGACAUUGAUUGACUACGUGAUGAUAGAUUUGUUUUCUUUGGUGUCAUUUACCUGCUUAACCUUGAGUAGUAUAUUUCAUUGUCUAAAGAAUCAUUCCCGAUCGGUUGCCACUUUCGGAAAUAAGCUGGAUUAUUUGGGGAUCGUCGUCCUUGUUGUCACAUCAAUGGUGAGUAUAAUGUACUAUGGUUUUUUUGAAACUCCUGCUUUGUUCUAUCUCUUCUCCUUCAUUACUUGCACUUUUGGAGCCGCCUGCGCUGUAGUUUCCUUGAAAGAGGGAUUUAGAACUAGGGAAUGGCGCCCAUACAGAGCAGCUAUGUUUGUCGCGUUUGGGCUCUCUGCCGUCCUACCAAUUGUUACAGGCAUUUUCUACUACGGGUUCAGUGAAAUUUACCUAAGAAUUCAAGUUAAAUGGGUUUUGUUGGGAGGAAUUUUUUACAUUACCGGAGCCGUCCUCUAUGGUGUUCGUUUCCCUGAGAAAUACGCUCCGGGCAAGUAUGACAUCUGGGGUCAUUCUCAUCAGUUGUUUCACGUACUAGUUGUGGUAGCUGCCCUGUGUCAUUUAUAUGGCCUGAUUAAGAGUUAUAAUUUGGUGCAUCUUAAGAUGGCGAUAGCUCAACUGUAA